AUGCAGUCCUAUCCCUCCCCAAAUGCCGUUGCUGCGGAUCAGGGCCCUUUCUUCUCCUCAUCUUCGAACCAGCAACAACAGCAACACCAACAGUCCUCGCUCCCCACGCCCGAUGACUUACAACUGACCGCGCAAUUGUCGCGCAAUCUUGCGCCGAUGAUGACCUCUGGUCCGGGUGGACACAUGGCUGAUGGUCAGGAUGGGAGAAGUCAAGGUCAAUCACACGCAAACCACCAGUAUGAGCAGGACCAAGCUCAUGCCGCCCACCUACAUGCCGGCCAUGGCUCUAUGAACCAGAUGGUAGCACAAUAUGAUCCCCAGGAUGGAACAAUGGCACCGAGAAAACGAAGUAAAGUGUCGAGAGCGUGUGAUGAGUGCCGGCGCAAGAAGGUCAAAUGCGAUGCGACAGGCGAGCCAGGAGACGAUCAGUGUUCCAACUGCAAGCGGGUUGGCAAUAAUUGUCAGUUCAGCAGGGUACCUAUGAAGAGAGGACCCAGCAAAGGGUACAUCAAAGAGCUAGCAGACCGCAUCGUCACUCUCGAAGGAGUAGUACAAGGCAGCGAUGUGGCACCACAGUACUUACCACAACAUGAUAACCAGCCGCGGAUAUCUGAAGAGUACUCCCCUCCAACUGAAAACUCUAGGAAGCGGCAGUAUUCAGCUGUCUCUGGCAGCGAGCAAUAUGGUUCCCCUCUUGUCGCUCAAAGACAACUACCUACAUGGACUCAAUCAGAGCCUCAGAGACACGUGCCACAUCCUGGUCCUUCUUUUUCACCCUCUCAAACAGCUUCGGGCGAACACCAUAUAUUCAGAGAACCCAACUACUCUCCUAAUGGUCUUCACCCUAACCCUCAGUGGAGAAUCGCCCCGGAGCCUGCACACCGAUCAAACAAUGCAUUUGAGGCUGCUGCGCAAGAAUCAAAUCAUCCAGACCAUGUGUUGGAUUGGGAUGAAUCAAUUGUGGAUGGGUACUUCAAGAUGGUGCACUCUACUUUCCCAAUUCUUUCAACCACCAAGACUCGAGUUUUGAGCCGACUGAUUGCUUGCCCCCAGACCUUACGAGAAGCUUUCUAUGAAGCCCUUCAUGCUGCAGUUCGUUCGUAUCCUUCACCAAAUCAGCAUCGCGACGAGCAAGCAAGUAGCCCAAAAGCAGCUCAGCUCAUCGCCCUGUCAUCUCAAAUCGAUUUUGGAUCGGCUCGAUCGUUUCCGCUGAACAUCAUCUAUUUACAAACCAUGUUGCUCAUGGCAGUUGAGGCCGGAAAUCGAAGUUCAACAAUUUCAGGUAGUAAAGGAGCUCUAUCUCAGUCGGUCUGGCUUGGUAGCGCCGUUGGGCUAGCUUAUUUGAUGAAGCUGCAUCUGCACAAAAAACGCGACAUGAAAACCGAGAACGACCCUGACGCAGAUGAUGAGCUUGGCAGAAGAUUAUGGUGGAGUUUGGUCAUUAUGGAUAGGUGGCAUGCUUCGAGCACGUCCAGUCCAGUAUUGAUCCCCGACAGCAGCGUGGUUGUGUAUCCAGAGGAUCAGGCGCUGUUGGGAGACCGCAUUUACCAUCUAGCCCGCCUAUCAAUCAUCUUAGGUCACAUAUCUGCUGUCAUGCUCGUCCCUACCGAUCUCCCUCUGUUCAGUGUCGCGUCUGGACCAAUCUACGGCACCCUUCUCAGAGGCGAGCUUGAGCGCUUUCGGGAGACGCUGCCUGCAUCCUUCUUCCCGCCUUCUAACGCACCAGAGAUUCAUAUCUGCUAUUGGCAUCUACGAAUCCUGGUGGAUCUCACACUUCCCGUCGUCGAGCCAUCCGACCUCCUCGUCAGCGCCUCGAACAUCGUCUCGCAGCUCAUGAACAACCCAGGCCUCAUCGCACCUCUGACUUACCAUUCAACAACCCUAGCAGCAUUGACACUGCUCGAUCUCACAGAAUACGAGGCCACCCGCGAGGAAGCGGAGCAUGGUCUGCAAGCUCUGCUCGAAAGCCGUAUCGCGCCCUCAGCAACAGAUGCUGCAGUCGGGGAUCUUAUCGCCAACCGAAAGCAGCAGGCAGCCAAUCUCGCUUCCACAGAGAGUAAACACGCAGCUGUCGCGAGCCAGAGUCUGCAGCGCCUCGCCGAUCUGGCUACGGCGACCGAGGAGGGCAGGGAUGUAGCGGUCAGCAACGAGAGGCAGCAGGGAGAGAGAGCUAGUGCUUCUGGUCCUGCAGGCGCGCGUUUCCAGAACUUUGCGCGGCUGAGAGAGGUCGUCAAGAACGGAUACCUGAGCGUGCUCGGUGGUGAAGCGGCCCGGUAA